AUGAAUCUAGAAGAGGAACAAAUGGCACUUGUUGUUAGAUUUGUUGAUAAGCAUGGAUUUGUCAAAGAAAGGCUAAUAGAUGUUGUUCAUGUCAAAGAUACUACUUCUGCUACUCUAAAACAAGAGAUUUAUUCUGCAUUAUCUCAUCACAAUCUCAACAUUCAAAAUGUUCGAGGUCAAGGGUAUGACGGAGCUAGUAAUAUGCGUGGAGAGUGGAAAGGGUUACAAGCUUUAAUUAUUCAAGAAUGUCUUUAUGCAUAUUAUGUUCAUUGCUUUGCUCAUCAAUUACAGCUAGCUCUUGUUGCCGCGGCUAAAGAAGUUGUUGAUGUUCAUGCUUUUUUCCAAAGUUUGAGUAAUAUUAUCAAUGUUGUGUGCUCUUGCAAACGCAAUGAUGAAUUACGAUCUGCUUAUGCAACUGAAAUUUCUCAUUUAGUUGCAACUAAUCAAAUUGAAACAGGAAGGGGAGCAAAUCGAAUUGGCACAUUAAAAAGAUCAGGAGAUACUAGGUGGAGCUCUCACUUCAACUCAAUUUGUAGCCUUUUACGUAUGUUUGGAGCAACAACUUCAGUUCUGGAAGAUUUGGCUACUAAUGGAUCUACAUAUUCUCAACGUGGUGAUGCUACUUAUGCUCUUAAAUCUUUAUUAUCAUUUGAUUUUGUUUUCAUUUUGCAUAUGAUGAAAGAAAUCAUGGGAAUCACUGAUAAACUUUGUCAAGUAUUGCAACAAAAAUCUCAAGACAUUUUGAAUGCUAUGCAUCUGGUUUCUAGUACAAAGUCAUUGAUUCAACAGUUAAGAGAUAGUAGUUGGGGAGCACUUUUGGAGAAAGUUGGUUCUUUCUGCAAUGAUCAUGCUAUUCAGAUACUUGAUAUGGGUGCUUCUUUUAGUGACAUAAUUCGGUCUCGUCGUAAAAAGGAUGUUGUCACUGUUGAACACCACUAUCGUGUUGACAUUUUUACUAGCGUGAUAGAUUUUUAA